UAGGUGGAGGGACAAAUGUCAAAAUUUUGGAUAGGUGACAAAAAGGGUACAGAGGAUUUGGGUACAGCAGAUCUGAAGUCUCUCUUACAAUUGUAUCUUCUUCAAGAUUUUCAGCCGAGAAAAUUAAUAAUGACAGAAGAUAACCAUGCAAUUGGGAUCGAUCUGGGGACAACUUAUUCGUGCGUGGCAGCGUGGCAGGCUGAUCAUGUAGAAAUCCUGGUGAACGAUCACGGUAACAGAACAACUCGAUCUUAUGUUACCUUCACUGAUAGUAAGAGGUUGGUAGGAGAUGAAGCAUUUAACCAAGUCGGGAGGUUCCCCGCCAACUCAAUCUUCGAUGCAAAGCGGUUAAUUGGUAGGAGAUUUAAUGAAGAAACUGUUCAAAAAGAUGUCAAGUGCUGGCCAUUCAAGGUCAUUGAAGGUCCUGCUGACAAGCCCUUGAUUGUGGUUAACCACAAGGGUGAAGAGAAAAAAUUUGCUGCUGAAGACAUCUCUUCCAUGGUUUUGGCAAAGAUGCGGGAGAUUGCCGAGUCCUACCUUUGCUCAAAGAUUUCAGCAAAAAAUGCAGUUAUCACUGUCCCCUCUUACUUCAACGACUCACAGCGCCAGGCUACAAUAGAGGCUGGCAAACUAGCGGGCUUAAAUGUGCUGCGUAUUAUCAACGAACCAACUGCUGCAGCCAUUGCUUAUGGAAUCGACAAGAAGGCCGGUUGGUUUAACAAGAGAAAUGUGAUGAUCUUUGAUUGGGGUGGUGGUACGUUGGAUGUGUCCCUUCUUACCAUAGGCAAUGGUGUCUUUGACGUGAAGGCCACUGCCGGAGACACUCACCUUGGCGGUGAAGACUUGGAUAACAGAAUGGUGAAUUACUGCGUGGAAGAAUUCAAGACAAAACAGAACGUGGACAUUGGUGGAAACGCCAAAGCUCUUCGGAAGGCCAAAACUGCGUGUGAGAAAGCAAAGAAGGCACUUUCGUUUUCCUUUGACACUGAUAUUGAAAUUGACUCUUGGUAUAAGGGUGAAGAUUUUCAUACUACUUUCACCCGCGACAAAUUCGAAGAACUGAGCAUGGACAUCUUCAACAAGUGCAUGGAGCCUGUUAACAAGUGUUUGGAGGAUGCCAAAAUGGACAUAAGCGAGGUCGAUGACGUUGUUCUUGUUGGUGGGUCUUCUAGAAUCCCCAAGGUUCAAGAGCUAUUGCAGGAGGUUUUCAAGGGUAAGGAGUUGUGCAAGAGCAUUAAUCCCGAUGAGGCCGUGGCGUAUGGAGCCGCUGUUCAAGCUGCAUCCUUGAGUGGGAACGUAACCGGGAAGCUUCAAGACUUCACUCUCUUGGAUGUCACCCCUCUAUCACUUGGGUUGGAGCUUGUGAAACAUGAUAGUUCCGAGCUUUACAUGAAUGUUGUGAUUCCAAGAAACUCAAGAAUUCCGGUGAGCAAGACAACACAUGUAACUACUGUUGAUGACUACCAAGAGUCUGUUACCUUCUCAAUUUAUGAGGGUGAAAGUAAAGUAGCCAAAAAUAAUAAUUUUUUAGGUGAAUUCACCCUCCAUGGCAUUCCUCCGGCUCCCAAGGGUGUUCCCAAGUUCACUGUUUACUUUGAUAUGGACGCAAAUGGAGUUUUGAGUGUCUCUGCUGAGGAUAUGUCCACUCGCCAGAAGAAAGGGAUCAAAAUCAAGCGUGACAGAACAAAGUAACUUUUUAAGGGAAUAUUAAGGAUUAAGAUAGCAUCUACUAUGAAGUAAUUAUUUUCUUUGAUUUCAUGUUUAAGUACAAUAUCUUUAAGGGAAGUCGAUGUGAACUUCUUUUGCUUGUGCCUUUCGUGAUUUGCUGGUUUUUUUUCUUCUCUGGGAUGGGGUGUGGGGGAGUGUGCUUGUAAAAGACUUGCCUGUUUUGUAGCGCACACAUCUUAUGAGCAAAAACAUAUUUCUUCCCGCAAAUACAUUCAAGACAGCUUCAGUU